UUUCGCGUCGUCGUCUUGGUUGCGAGUACACAUAACAUCGCGUACGUGGCACGCGUAUAUCGUUAUGUAACGCAGCUGUCGGGCGACGAUCGUCAAGAGGUAAAAAGCUCUGUGGUUUGCGACAACAACGACACCCCGAAGAAGAAGAAGAAGAAGAAGAAGAAGAAGAAGAAGAAGAAAAAAGAAAAAAAGAGUAUAAGAAGGCGAAAACAAGAGAGAGGUGGCGAGGAAGAGGGAGAGCUCGGCUAUAUACCGAUGCGAGAGAGCGUGCUUCUGGUGGCCGUGCUGGAUCGAUAGUCGGCCGCAAGCUCGCUCGGGGGACUUUUUACCCCCCCCCUCCCCGUCCUCUGUCGCGCGCCCUCCUCCGUUACUCCUCCUCUGGCGCUGCUGGUGCUACUACUCCUCCUUCUCCUCUCCUCUGCGCCUCCUUCAAAACAAACCCCCUCGCAGAGCAGCAGCAGUAGCAGCGAGAGGGCCACCAGUAGUGGAGCACGCGCGCGGACGGUGGUUAGUGUGAGUGUGUGUUUGGUGUGUGUUUCGCUGCCCUGACUGCACGUUAAUCCACGAAACGUUGGAAAAUACGAAAGAUAAAGUAAAUACGCGAAGGAGUAUACAUACAUGAUACAAGUGCUAAUGUGCCACUCGGGGGUUUCUUUGCCACCUCCACCACCCCACUGACCAAAAAAAAAAAAAAAAAAAACGAAAAGAAAAUUACUGUGCGCGAGUGCGUCGACGAGGGGGUGUGCGCGCGAGUGUGGAGUGCAACGACAACAGAUAAGAUCAUUAAUAAAUAAUUGGGGCAUAAGCGAGGAGGCCGACUAGGAUUGACGCGUCGCCUGAAUGGGCGACUACGCGGUGACGAGUCUCUUUUCGGCCACAACCCCGGGGAACACGGCCCUCGCGGGAAACCCCACCGGAGGAACGGUGACGAUGCAGGACGAGCUCCUGAUCGAGAAACAGCAGUCAGCGGUAGCACCGGUACCCCCGUCAACAAAGUCCACGUCGUCGUCCUCCUCGUCCCCUGGCGCCCUCGACCAGUCGACCGGCUGCUCCCUCGGGCCCACCAACGACAACAACAACAAGGUCGCUUCGUCUUCGGCACCGGCCAACGAGGUAGACAACACCCUCAUCGGUAUAACCAGCUCGGCCAGCCCUGCCUCCGGCUCCUCCGUCGUCAUAGUCCACAACAACGACAAGCAGGACCCCUCGGGCAUCAUCAUUGGCGGUGGCUCGGUGCCCCAGACCGCCCACCACCAGGGCUACGGCAACGGGGUAGUCGGUGGCGGCAACGAACCGUCCAACGUACGGGUAGCCCCGAGCCUUUGGGCCGACGACACCGGUGGGCCCGUCCACGCCCUCCCCGUCAACGGCUCCAUCGCCAACGCCUUCCAGAACUUCCCCACCAGCAGUCCCGGGAGCUUGUUCGCCACCAGUGGUAGCAGCACCUCGAGCGCCGCGGCCGCGGCUCGUCGGGCCAUCACCGCCAACCACAACUUUUCCCAACAGCAGCAGCAAUCGGCGGCCCCGGGUCCCCGUCACCCCGUCAUGCAACAACAGAGCAACCACCCCGGUAUGUACCUGCAGCAGCAGCAGCAGCAGCAGCAGCAGCACAAGGGGUACGCCGCGUGGUCGGGUGGGCCGGCUGCCCAGCAGCAGUGGGGUCAGAGCCCGGUGAGCCACUCGGGGGGUAACAACCCGGGUGGAGGUGGUGGUGGUGGUGGUGGUGGUGGGCUGUCGCCGUGGAAUAGGGGCAAGUCGGUGCCGAAUUUGCCGCCCCUGCCGUCAAACUUGCACGCGGCGGCUGCCGCUGCGGUGGCCGGGCUUCAGGGUAGAAAGCCGAGUCCGACGUUCCCGGGGCACCCGCACGGGCCACCCGGGCCCCACCAGUCGAGCAUCAGUCCGGUCAAGUUUCGCAGGAGCACCUCGUACCCGGGCAAGGCCAACCUCGGCUAUCCCAUUCAGCCGGCACCGACGUUCGAGGUCACCGCCGCCGACGAGAGGGACCUGCUCCAGAUGCCGCCCUACCAGCAGGAGCGCAUGACGGCCAAUGGAAACUCGCCGCUGGACAACAUGCGCACGCUCGAGCACUACCUGAGCGACAUCAUGCGGGCGGGAGCAGCGGACUCGCAGGAACAUCUCAAAGGAUUCGUAAGCUGCAAUCCAUCGGCGCUGCAAACACUCGCGUCGUUGCACGUUGCAGGUACGUCACAAUCCCGUCGGUUUAAACAUCCAAACCAUUACCAUCGUAAAAACCCGUUCUUCUCGACCCUCGAGGACCCGAGCGGCAAUCUCCUGGAGGACCCGAACGUGCCGGGUCAGCUCGACGGCGUCGGAGUUGGCGGUGGUGUCAACGUCAUGGCCCCGAACGCCUCGCUCUCGUCACCCAGCCGCAGCAGUCCCCACAGCCAGGGCAGCGAGACCGGCGAGCGCUUCUCCAGGAAAGUCUUUGUCGGUGGAUUGCCUCCCGAUAUCGAUGAAGACGAGAUCACAGCCAGUUUCCGACGCUUCGGCGCGCUGGUCGUCGACUGGCCACACAAGGCGGAGAGCAAAUCGUACUUUCCACCCAAGGGCUACGCUUUCCUGCUUUUCCAGGAUGAAAGCUCAGUGCAGCAGCUGAUCGACGCGUGUAUUCAGGACGAGGACAAGCUGUACCUGUGCGUGAGCUCCCCGACGAUCAAGGACAAGCCCGUGCAGAUCCGGCCCUGGCGGCUGAGCGACGCCGAUUUUGUGCUCGACGCCUCGAUGCCGCUCGACCCCCGCAAGACCGUCUUCGUGGGUGGUGUGCCCCGGCCCCUCAAAGCCGUCGAGCUCGCCAUGAUCAUGGACCGGCUGUACGGCGGUGUCUGCUACGCUGGUAUCGACACCGAUCCCGAACUCAAGUAUCCCAAGGGCGCGGGCCGCGUCGCCUUCAGCAAUCAGCAGAGCUACAUCGCCGCGAUAUCGGCGCGCUUUGUUCAGCUACAGCACAGCGACAUCGACAAGAGGGUCGAGGUCAAGCCGUAUGUUCUAGAUGAUCAGAUGUGCGACGAGUGCCAGGGCCAGCGCUGUAGCGGCAAGUUUGCUCCAUUUUUCUGCGCCAACGUCACUUGCCUGCAGUACUACUGCGAGCAUUGCUGGGCGACGAUUCACUCGCGGCCAGGCCGUGAGUUCCACAAGCCUCUGGUGAAGGAGGGAGCGGACCGGCCGCGUGCCGUGCCCUUUCGUUGGUGUUAACCCCAGCAGCAGGCGCUGCCGCAGCAGCAGCAGCCAGUCCACCAGCAACAACAGCAUCAUUUACACCACCCGCACCAGCAGCAGCAGCGUCGUCGUCGUUGUCCCCAAGGAUAUGAAACAUAAUGAGGAUACACAAAUAGUUGUGUAAAUCUUGAUUUUAGUAGGCUCUCUGCCAAAGGCAGGCGUUGACAAGAGAAUGAGAUAAAAAAAAAGAAAAAGAAAAAAAAAGAAAAGUAGGGAAUAUCGAAGAAAGGGAUGGCAGUGUCCCUGGUUCCGUAAAAAAAAGUAGCAAUUCGAAUGAAAAUCGACACGAAAAAGUGUUAAUGUUGGUAUUUCAAGCAGCUGCUUUUCUCUCGCGAUGAGAGGGAGAAAAGGUCAUAAGAUGAUGAAAAUAUCGAUUUCGGAAGCUAGUGUCUCCCACUUGGCUAGACGUGUUUGAGAGGUAGAUGACGGAGAGGGGAGAAAUUGGUGAAUGGAAAGGAAUGGAUCGAAAGAAUUAAACCCCACACAUUCAAUUGUACUACCAAGAUUGCUUUAAGCUCUUGACUGUGCAAAGAAUAAGCUGAAGAAUGAGGGGGGGGGGAAAGAUACUACCUCUUCAUCAAACUAACUUUACCUAAGAACAAACAUUGCUAUUUACAAUUUUAACGAAGAAAAUGAAUUGUCUCUACUCCUAAUCUUUAUAAACUACUCCACUAUAAUUAAUACUACUCCCGUAAACGUCUCUCACGGUGUGAUGAUUUUGAAUUGUUCGGAACAAGAAACUUGGAAGAAGAGGAUUGAGCUGCUGUGCAAUGAUGCGUGCAAUCGCUGCGACGUUGAGUAAUCGUCGUGGCUCGUGUUAGAAAAUUAAAAUGAAAUAACCAAGAGAAGAUCGAAGGGAUAAAGUGUCUGGCGCUCGAUUUUUUUCUUUCGUUUUUUUCGGUUUUCUUUUAAAUCUACAUUUUCGAUUUCUCUCCUCUAAUCUACAAUUUUUCUCUGGUGAAUGUUAAAAUAAUCGACGAAUGGAAAAUCCACGCUUUAACCGCUGUGUGUUUUAGGAAAAACAGUUUUCUCCGUAUCUACAGUUUCUCUAGCACUUAAGGAUUUUUAUUAAUUACCGUUCAAUGGAUAUUCAAACGCUGAAACAGCAACAGAAACACUAUCACACCCACAUUCACAGAAACACGUUUAAAAAACUACUCAACGUAGGUAUUGUUACUAAUUGUAAUACAUUGCAUACGUGUUUUUUCGAUACGACGAUAAUGAUUAUGACGAUAUAUAUAUAUAUACACAUACAUAUAUAUAAAUAUUUGAGUAGUAAGUUUCAAAGGAGGGAGAUAAAUGCGUGACGCGAAGAGCCGCAAAUGUUCAAUCCGUCUCUCGAUUGUUUCUACCAAUUGUUAAGCUUUAUUUUUUUAUUUUUAUGAUGAUGAUGAUGAUGAUGAUGAUUGCGUUUCUUUACACUUAAGAUAGGAAAACCAAUAAUUCGCGUAUUAUCUAGAUUAUACAAAAUUGCAUGAAAUAGUUGUAUGUAAUCUAGUUAAUGCGAUCACGUAAAUUUAUAAUCUAUUCUUACGUUAUUUUUUCUUUAUUUGCCUUUUGCUGGUUCGUUAGUUCAGGGACGUCACAGCGUUAAAAAAUAUUUUGUAUAAAUUAGUUUCUCGCCAACAAUGAUUUCUUCGUAUCGAUCCUUUAUAAUGUAAUUUACUCGUGAUUUAUUACAUUUGUCUUUUUAGUAUUUGACGCACUUAUUUUGAAUGUUUUUUGUCGUUGUCUGCGCAUGAUUGAUCUAAUGAAAUUUUGAAUAUACAUUUGUACGAGAACUUUGUUAAUGAAAUUUUCGGCGAGCCGCGCGCGUGUGAUGUACCUGAGCGUAAAAAAAGAUUUAGACACAAAUUUUCUAAAGCUAGAUUGACUCGUUCGACUUAUCGAGGAUUAUCAGCUACUAGCCCCUUUUUUACCAAAAAAAUGUAAGCGUUUAUUCUAAAAUUAAGCUAUGAUUCUGAUUCUAUUUUUGCACGUUAGCACGCAAGAAGACAAUAAGAAAAAUCUUCUAAUAACAAUCUGGUGCCUCGUACGGAAAAGUAAAUGACGACUCUAGAAGCUAGAAGAAAAAGUAAAAUGAAUUUCUUGUCGGUGCUUCUUUUGUAUCUUUAUGAAUAGUAUUUAUAGUAUUUAUAUACCUCGUGAAAUUAAUUGUAUUUAUAAUUCGAUGUCUUUAUUGUAAAUUGUUAGUCAUUAAGAUUAAGAGAUUAAAUAAACGAUUUAAACUUUUAUAUUGAAUGAGCAAUUUUGAGUAUUGUGGUAAUUUUUAUUUUUACAUUAAACAAAAUUUUAUCAAUUAGCUAUUGAUAAUUUGUUCUUGACAAGAUUUUAACCAGUAUUUAUUCAUAAAUUCUAAGAAUUUUGUUUCAAUAUUUUAAGAUUCCCAAAUAUUCGACAAAAAAAGUUUUUCUUUUGACUGACAAAAAUUUUCAAAACUUCAUAUAUGUAAAUAAAAAGUUUACAUAACGAGCAAUCAGUAAAUUUGUAAUCGAUCUUCUAUACAAAAAAAGCUCGGCUAAGUAGUUUAAACGCUUUUUAAUGAAAAAAAAACUUCGAAGAGUCGAACGAAAUGACGAAAUCAGCAAAUCUCGGGCAAUGAAAAAAAAAAGAAAAAAAAAAAAAAAAAA